ACCACAGCAUGUGUACUUUUUUGUGACUAAGAUUUCGCUAAGUGUCUAGAAUGAUUUUCCAAUGCCUCGACACGCAGCGUCGAACUCAAAGCAUUCCGUUUACAUUUUCGGAAUAAGCUAACCAGUUACCCACCUGGAAGUACUUUGCCGUAGCACCAACUUUUUUUUCUAAUUCCAAACUGUCGUAUGGAAGGUUUAGGGGGACCUGCAAAAUCAAGGUAGCUACAGUAAUUGCUAACUAACGUUAGCUAGUUGAGCUACUCUAUUUAUCUGAGCCACUAGUCUAUGACAAACAAUAGGCAACUCCAUGUACAGAUAAUUCAUGUAUUUCAAUCAAUGCGCCCUUGCAAGUGGCAUAUUUGCCGUCAAUAUAGACUUCAAUACAUAGUUAGCGAGCAAGAUGAUUUGGCUACUUGGUGGUACUCACUAUUCGUUUAUGUUGUGUGCCAAGUCUCAUUGGAUCUAACAUUACUGCAGUGAGAUGCAAGUUAGGAUUGUCAGGUAGCCUGAGGCUAGUUUGAUAAGCUGUAUGGGGGUAAUUCAGGACACAAAGCACCCAUUAGGUAUUGUGGUGUAAUAAACAGUCGUGUUUACAUGCAGACAUAGGGAAGUAGUGUGGGUGGACUCCCUUGGUCAGUUGGUAUAGGCCUAACGUUACACUUGGAAUCACCACUAUCUAAUAUUACAGAACGUAUUUCCUCAGAAUAUUCCCAUUCUCACUUUGAUUUAUAGGCUUAAGGAGAUAGGCCUGGUCAGCUACUUGGAAAUUACUAGGUCUAGCCAAACUAUAUUUAAGUUGACCCUGGGUGUCACCCAGAUAGCUAGUUUAGUUGGUGUGAGAUGGAUGUAGAUAUAAAGCCAGAGGAGGAGGAGGUCAUUUGGUCUGACACUUUUGAUGCAGGUUAUUCAUGUGCCGAAAAUAGAUAUGACACAGCAAAACAACGUCUUAUUUGUAAUCGGUUAGAAGAUACAAAAUCAAAUGAUAGCGAGAUUAAAAUGAAAUCAACAAAAGUUGGUGCGCCACUUCAAACAGCUGUAAAUGUGGGUGGUAUAGGUGUUGUUCGUGUUCACACAGAACAGGAUAGCCCAAGCACCUCUGUAGGGAAUUUAAUCAAAGAGGAGCCAUGUUUUUACAUGUCACCCAGUGAUAUUCAGAUUGGAAAAGUAUGUACCUUGUCUCGGUCUGUCCUGGUCAGCAACAUUAAACAGGCAAAUGUGAUGUCCUUUGCAGAGAAAGUGGUGAAAAACUGCUACCCCUUGUGUAAAGAAAUAGGUGUGGAAUUUGAUGUGAGAUCCAAACCACUAUCCAAAACAAAACUUGACUCACAGUUACUGACUAAUGGUGUAAUGUAUGAGGUUCAUAAGUUUGCAAAAAAUACAAAAAGGAGUUAUACGUAUACUGUCUAUAAUAUUCUGAAAUAUAAUUUUAAUGUAUGUUUUCAAAAUCAGAAACGCUGUCAAGAUGCCUUACGUAUUGCAUCUAAACUGAAUAGAAUUGCCAAACGGAAACAUGUCGCAAAUAAAGACUUUUCAAAAAAAGUGUUUAUAAUACCGCUUGUGCCUAGACAAUACAAGGAAAAAGAACCUACUUCACCUGCAAGAUUCUCAAAAAGACAAUUGGAUUUGAAAAGGAUACAAGAGGCAAAUGAUACAGAGGAGAAGAGGAACUGUCAGAAGAUGGUUAGCAAGACCGGUUUGAAAAAUCUGGUCGCUGAUGCAAGGACUGUAUGGUCUCUGCAUGAUGAAGAGAUCAUCUCUAUCGAAACAGCUGAAACUGUCAAGCUUGGCCAAGAUAAUGGACCCACUGACUUCUGCUUAAAGGAGUCUGAUGUUCACUCUGGGGUCACAGAGCAAACCCCAUGCCCAGAGAACUACCAAGUUGACAUUUGCAGGAAAAUGAUCAAUGAAAUUGUUACGAGUGGUGAAAUGCAACAGAUGAGAUGGAUUUUUGUACCUUUUUCAAACUGUUUUGGUGUUGGGACUGGUUCGGAAAAGAAAUUUCAACAAAUCCUUGCUGAAUACAGAUCAGACAUCCUACCACUGGUAGUUGAGAAACAUUGUGGCUUUAGUUCCACUGAAAAGACAAUGAUGUGCCUUGUAAGUCAGCUCUUCUGUGGCUUACAUUUGAUUGAUGGCUUAGCUCACCAGGCAAAAACAACUCUUCUACUUUGGGAAAAUAUGAUUUUAGGAGAUAAAGAAGUAGGAGUCCAUAGCUCCCCUAACAUUGGGACAACAGAGUUGGAGUCUGGAACAGUGCGUUUGGUGAGUUCUGUGAGUGAUGCUGUGCAAGAGCUUGGAUGGGCAGAGGACGGUCAGCUUGUUCCGUUCGAAAGCUUUUUGACCAGCAAAAAAGAAUUUGAAGAAGUUCCUUUGUCUCUAUCCAUUGGACACAGAAUUGAUGGUCUGUUUCAUAAUUCUGCUGGAGUGUGUAGCAUCCAUGAUGAUUUGGUUGAGUUUACCAGUACGUACGGAGCUGAGAGUAGUUUGCUUGCUGCAGUUGUUGCUGAUUUGGAGGUUCAACAGUUCAAGGCCGGAUACAGAGCUCUGGGUCUGGUUUCCAAGCUUAUCAUUGAUCCUCUCUGGAGAGCCUUAACUUUGAAGGGAAACGUGUUGGAGAUGGAAGAAAGAUACCAAACCCUUGUUACCAAACUUAAGGAAUGGCAGGAAGAUGGGAGAGACCUUGUUAAAGGAAAUGCAUGCUUGUUUGAUGACAUUGAUGUACCCAAGAACCUUGUGUUUGACAGGCUUACCAUGUGGACCGACACAGACUUUUUUGAGUUGACUGUUCAGAUUGUUGAGUUGAUCCUAGCCAGUUUUCUGAAGGUAUGUUCUAUGAUGCUUCCAGUCGAACCAGAGCUCCUGUCAAAGAAAAAUGAUCGAUUCAGGAAGGAUUUGGCAAUAUUAGAUCAAUUGCAAAAAGCUAAGUCAAAUGCAGUCAGUAUUGCCAUUGAAGGCAUGGACAUGUGCAAGAAGAAUCACACUUGGGAAUGGCUGUCCUUUUUGGAUGAACCAAAAAUAGUGUCAAUGAGGAAAACAUUCCAGACAGUGUAGGCAAAGGAAGAAGAAAAGCUCUCUGCCACACCUGCAGAAGAAUGGAAAUGGUAAAGGAAUAGACAUGAAAGACAGGAUAUGUAUUUUUUAAUUUUAAUUUAUCUAUUUACUAAUGAACCACAGUGCAGAACCUUUUAAUAGCAUGGCAUCUUUCAAAAAUGCAUGGAAUGUGCUAUUUUUUUCUAGCACCUUAGCUUUUGUGUUCAGACUGGUGAAAGAUAAACAGCAAUGCAACCUCAGAUGAGUUCAGACAAGUAGAUACAAGUAUAAUAUAGUUACAUUAUAUACCUAUUUUGUGGUAUACUGUAUAGCCUAAAUAUGUUCAAACGUGGUGUCAGUAAAUGUUGAAUGUCGAAUAACGCUUAUCCAUUUGGUACCACAUGUGAAUGGUUCCACGUGCUUACCUGUUUUUAUAUUGUUUGAAAUCCAAUGUAGAGGUUUUUCAGGAAGUGUGCUGUCAGGAAAAGUGUAGAGGCAAUAGUUGAAUUUGCAGAUUCCCUUGGCCUUCUAUUCCCUUUUGAUGCCUGGUCAUGUUUAUGAAAAAAGAACAUGAUCAUUUUGAAAGGAGACCAGUCGUUAUUUUAGUGUUAUUAGCUGAUUUCUGGACCAUUUUCCCCCUCACUUUUUGUAUGACCAUUGAAUUGCCUACUUGAAUGGUCAACUUAAAUAGAAACAAGAUGGAGAGCAAGGCUCUGAAAGUUGUCAACUUUUCCACUGUCAAAAUGAGUCAUGCUUUGUUUUAAUUGUUUUUAAAUACAUUUUUAAAUCAUAUUUUCGUUAUCCAUUUUUGAGAGCCUGUUUUAUCUCUAUAUUUUUGUUGGAGAUCAAGAUGUUUUCAUUAGGACAAAUGCACACUGGACUGCAGUGCUUUUGUAUCUGCUGCAGCAUUCAACCUUCCACAUUACUGUAGACUUCAGGAAGAACAUGCUUUUAGAUAUAAACAUCAAAUAAUUAGCAUAAGAUCCUCUGCUUGAAACAAUUACGGGAUGUGAAGUCUGAUUCUGUUCUCAACUUGUUGACCUGCCCUGAGGAUGUUGAACACCACUGUUACACCUUCAGCCAUUUAUUUUUUUCCUGUCAGUCGAUGGGCUGACUGACCUCAAGGCGCAGAAGGUGUUUUAAGGUAUAGGAGGAGGUCUGGUCAUCUAGUCUGGUGCAGUGGGGUGUUCCAGGUCCGCAACACUUGAGGAGAAAACUUCUUAAUCAUGAUAAGGUCCUCUGCUUGCCAUACUAGAGGGACAUAGUCUGUUUCCAUCCUCAACUUGCGGACCUGCCCUGAGGAUGUUUUACACCACUGUUGCGCCUUCAGCCAUGUUGAUUUCCGACUGGUUGUCUUUGGACUACAUGCCAUGGGCUGACUGACCUGAACCUUUACCAGAACAGAAAUACAAUGUUCAUCAGACUUUCCUCACAUUGGACUACUCUCUGAUUAGUUAUGAGGUCACAGGAAAUGGACUCAUUACUCAUAAAUCAUUGCAGCUCACUUGACUGCUUCUGACUGUGGGUAGCAGAGCUCUCUGGUGUUUCACCAUUUGAAAUUAAACAACAAAAAUGUAAAUGACCAUUGUUUUACACUUCCGACAUAUCGCAGCAGUAAGAGUAGUAUUCUACCCGACUCAUAUAAACAACAUCCUUGAGUGUUUCGUUGAUGAAUGUAUCUUUAUAAGAUUGUAUUCCUUUUUACCUGUAAAAAACCUGUAGACAUGCAUGACCCUGUAAAUAUUUUCAAGGAACAUAAAUCUCACUACUUGGUAUUUUUAUAUGGGGAUUGUGAGAAAUAUAUUUGUAAUGUACUUUUGUAUGUUAAUGGUAAAUCAAAAUAGUUUUCAUUGGACUAGUCCAUAAGAUUUUUGUUAGGAUUUGUUUGUCUUCACCAACUGUUCUUAAUUAUGCAACCUUUUUUGUCCAAUUAUCUCCACGUAAUACAGCCAUCUUUUCCAUUCUUGGUUAUCUGCCUCUGUAGCCUUUAUCUAAACUUUCAUUUUUUGUAUUACUUUAUUAUUUUUAUUGCUACUGUCUUCACAUGGAGAUGUUAGUUAUGGGUUGAUGAUUCCAAUUUGGCAACAGGUGCUUGGAUAGUUGGGAUUAAAUAAGUAUUGUUACGGUAAUAAAAAAUGUAAAUAUCGGUCCCACUUUAAACCAAGUACUACAUUCACAAAUCAUCUAUAAGUGUUUGUCGUACUCUAUGAAGGGUUACAUACCCAUUGCCACUGUAGAGUGAAUUGCCAAAUGUGACAUAACUCAAUAUGUAUGUUCACACACCAUUUGUAGAGUAUGACAUAUGGUUAUAGACUAUUUGUGAAGUAUUUAUGUAGUGUUUAUGAAGCCUUUAUGAAUGCUAUUUAAUGCCUUUAUAAGUUGUACUCAAAAUUAUAAAUACUAGUAUUAUUAAUAGACUUAUAUUUGUUUGGGGUGUUAAGUGAGCUAGCAAGUGUAUUAUGGCAUUUAGGUGUUAUGGAUAAUAGCUCUGGAGGAGAGGUCGAGCCAAAACAAAGUAAACACUGUUGCCUCCAGUACGAUAGGUGGCGAUAUUGCACUGUUUAUCUUGACUGCAAAACAAAGAAGCAGAUGCAAAUGUCCAAUCUGGAGUAUCAUGGGUCAUGCACUGCAUACGUGGAGUGUCUGAAAGUGGGCGUGUCAACAGAAGUGGGUGUAUGGAAAGCGAAUCAGCUAAUUGGGCAGAUUUGUUGCCACUUGACCAUUUUGUGUGUGGGCUGCACGACAAGUAGAUUGUUGAAAACCGUAGCAUUUUAGCUAACCUUAAUACCGUCAUUCUCCUAACCUGCCACGUUAAUGAUCCAAACCUGCUACGCAUUUUAGCUAAGCCUAACACCUUUCCUAACCUUAACCUCAUUCUACUAACAUGCCACGUUAAUUAUCCUAACCUGCUACCUUCUUCUUUGGGAUUUGGUUGGCGGAUCGCAUCCAACUUCGUAGUAAAUCCUCGCAAUCCCAAGUACUCCUCUGCCGCUGCCACCACAACCAGUAUUUUCUGUGACUUUCGAUCCAUUUCUGCAGUACAAUUGAGAACCAUGGCUAUAAAUGCGAAAAAAGCCAACCUUACUGAAGCACAUGUUCUUCCCAUCACUCUUUCUCGGUCUCUGCCUACUCACAGGAAUCCUCUCAGGAUCCCUCACCCUGUACCCAUCUUCCACUACCAAUCUUCACUGCUUUGGCAUACAACACUUUCUGUACUACUCUAGGCCAUCAUUGUAAAUAAGAAUUGGUUCUUAACUGACUUGCCUAGUUAAAUAAAGGUUAAAUACAUAACCCUGGCAACCUCAAUCUGCCUUUCUCUCACUAGACACCUCCGAUCUCCAGCCCCAUGGGCACCCCCACAACUAACAUGCAUAACUUGUCCCACCGAUACCACACAUUCCAUCGUCUUAUGCCCUCCUGCACACUUCUCACAUCUAGGCAUCUCCCUCCUACACACUGCUGCAACAUGCCCAUAAACUUGACACCUAAAACACUGUAGUAUUUUCAGGAAACAAAAGCUCUCACGGGAUAACUGACACUUCCUACCCUGACCUUAUCUGGCAAAGACUCUUCAUAAAAAGCAUGACAGACAAAGUCUUCUGUUUCCCCACACUCUCCAUCGGAUCUACAUCUCACCAAACUGUGUGUCACAGACACCAGGAAUCUUAUGUUUCAACUGCUCCUCCUUAACACUUAGUGUCGACCCCGUUAUCACUCCUUUCAUCGGCGCCCUUCUCUGGAGAGCAAAGCAUGUCCCAAUUCUUGUCCCUCAUCGCGUAAUCCGGAUUACCCGCUCCCUCUGGGUGGAGGAAACACAAUAAAUCUACAUGAGUCCACUCCUAGUUACCUUCACCAACUCAACAGUUCCCAACCUAUCCUCCCCCACAGUUUGACACCACAUAUGUUUCAGCCAAAAUGAAAUGAUCCAUUGGCUCUACAAAUCUGACUCCCACUGGGCCAAAAUCAUCCUUAUCAUUCUCGGGACGAGGCCUGAAUUCUCAUUGAAGAAAUAUUUGAUCAUCAUACAGUUCUCUUUUGCCCAAAUUAUAAUCUAUAACAAACAAAAUGGACUGCGUUUUGUAGACUUGACCAUUUGCCAAAGUAAAAAAAAAAGCGUUUAGAAGGACUGCCAGGGCGAAUUGAGUUAUUGCACAUCAAGGCAGGCCUUCCCUUACGGAAAAAUUCAAAUAAAUUAUAGAACGCGCAAAUAGGAUCUCACUAUCUCGUGCUUCACUCUGCCCACCUCCUUGUUCUAUGAUUAUUUUGAUCCAAUUGGAAACGACAGGCUAUAUAUUGGGUUAAUUUUCAAAAAAGAUUUGUUCCAAAUAUGCAGUAACCCGUUAUUUGAAUCUGAACCGAGAAAGAUGAACCCGGAAACAUAACGCCCGAGCGGAGUUUCCACAUCCGGUUUUCAGCGGAAAAUGAAGCUAGUUUACGCGGAACCACAGCAUGUGUACUUUUUUUGUGACUAAGAUUUCGCUAAGUGUCUAGAAUGAUUUUCCAAUGCCUCGACACGCAGCGUCGAACUCAAAGCAUUCCGUUUACAUUUUCGGAAUAAGCUAACCAGUUACCCACCUGGAAGUACUUUGCCGUAGGACCAACUUUUUUUUUCUAAUUCCAAACUGUCGUAUGGAAGGUUUAGGGGGACCUGCAAAAUCAAGGUAGCUACAGUAAUUGCUAACUAACGUUAGCUAGUUGAGCUACUCUAUUUAUCUGAGCCACUAGUCUAUGACAAACAAUAGGCAACUCCAUGUACAGAUAAUUCAUGUAUUUCAAUCAAUGCGCCCUUGCAAGUGGCAUAUUUGCCGUCAAUAUAGACUUCAAUACAUAGUUAGCUAGCAAGAUGAUUUGGCUACUUGGUGGUACUCACUAUUCGUUUAUGUUGUGUGCCAAGUCUCAUUGGAUCUAACAUUACUGCAGUGAGAUGCAAGUUAGGAUUGUCAGGUAGCCUGAGGCUAGUUUGAUAAGCUGUAUGGGGGUAAUUCAGGACACAAAGCACCCAUUAGGUGUUGUGGUGUAAUAAACAGUCGUGUUUACAUGCAGACAUAGGGAAGUAGUGUGGGUGGACUCCCUUGGUCAGUUGGUAUAGGCCUAACGUUACACUUGGAAUCACCACUAUCUAAUAUUACAGAACGUAUUUCCUCAGAAUAUUCCCAUUCUCACUUUGAUUUAUAGGCUUAAGGAGAUAGCCCUGGUCAGCUACUUGGAAAUUACUAGGUCUAGCCAAACUAUAUUUAAGUUGACCCUGGGUGUCACCCAGAUAGCUAGUUUAGUUGGUGUGAGAUGGAUGUAGAUAUAAAGCCAGAGGAGGAGGAGGUGGGGAUAUCUCCAGCUGUCAUUUGGUCUGACACUUUUGAUGCAGGUUAUUCAUGUGCCGAAAAUAGAUAUGACACAGCAAAACAACGUCUUAUUUGUAAUCGGUUAGAAGAUACAAAAUCAAAUGAUAGCGAGAUUAAAAUGAAAUCAACAAAAGUUGGUGCGCCACUUCAAACAGCUGUAAAUGUGGGUGGUAUAGGUGUUGUUCGUGUUCACACAGAACAGGAUAGCCCAAGCACCUCUGUAGGGAAUUUAAUCAAAGAGGAGCCAUGUUUUUACAUGUCACCCAGUGAUAUUCAGAUUGGAAAAGUAUGUACCUUGUCUCGGUCUGUCCUGGUCAGCAACAUUAAACAGGCAAAUGUGAUGUCCUUUGCAGAGAAAGUGGUGAAAAACUGCUACCCCUUGUGUAAAGAAAUAGGUGUGGAAUUUGAUGUGAGAUCCAAACCACUAUCCAAAACAAAACUUGACUCACAGUUACUGACUAAUGGUGUAAUGUAUGAGGUUCAUAAGUUUGCAAAAAAUACAAAAAGGAGUUAUACGUAUACUGUCUAUAAUAUUCUGAAAUAUAAUUUUAAUGUAUGUUUUCAAAAUCAGAAACGCUGUCAAGAUGCCUUACGUAUUGCAUCUAAACUGAAUAGAAUUGCCAAACGGAAACAUGUCGCAAAUAAAGACUUUUCAAAAAAAGUGUUUAUAAUACCGCUUGUGUCUAGACAAUACAAGGAAAAAGAACCUACUUCACCUGCAAGAUUCUCAAAAAGACAAUUGGAUUUGAAAAGGAUACAAGAGGCAAAUGAUACAGAGGAGAAGAGGAACUGUCAGAAGAUGGUUAGCAAGACCGGUUUGAAAAAUCUGGUCGCUGAUGCAAGGACUGUAUGGUCUCUGCAUGAUGAAGAGAUCAUCUCUAUCGAAACAGCUGAAACUGUCAAGCUUGGCCAAGAUAAUGGACCCACUGACUUCUGCUUAAAGGAGUCUGAUGUUCACUCUGGGGUCACAGAGCAAACCCCAUGCCCAGAGAACUACCAAGUUGACAUUUGCAGGAAAAUGAUCAAUGAAAUUGUUACGAGUGGUGAAAUGCAACAGAUGAGAUGGAUUUUUGUACCUUUUUCAAACUGUUUUGGUGUUGGGACUGGUUCGGAAAAGAAAUUUCAACAAAUCCUUGCUGAAUACAGAUCAGACAUCCUACCACUGGUAGUUGAGAAACAUUGUGGCUUUAGUUCCACUGAAAAGACAAUGAUGUGCCUUGUAAGUCAGCUCUUCUGUGGCUUACAUUUGAUUGAUGGCUUAGCUCACCAGGCAAAAACAACUCUUCUACUUUGGGAAAAUAUGAUUUUAGGAGAUAAAGAAGUAGGAGUCCAUAGCUCCCCUAACAUUGGGACAACAGAGUUGGAGUCUGGAACAGUGCGUUUGGUGAGUUCUGUGAGUGAUGCUGUGCAAGAGCUUGGAUGGGCAGAGGACGGUCAGCUUGUUCCGUUCGAAAGCUUUUUGACCAGCAAAAAAGAAUUUGAAGAAGUUCCUUUGUCUCUAUCCAUUGGACACAGAAUUGAUGGUCUAUUUCAUAAUUCUGCUGGAGAGUGUAGCAUCCAUGAUGAUUUGGUUGAGUUUACCAGUACGUACGGAGCUGAGAGUAGUUUGCUUGCUGCAGUUGUUGCUGAUUUGGAGGUUCAACAGUUCAAGGCCGGAUGCAGAGCUCUGGGUCUGGUUUCCAAGCUUAUCAUUGAUCCUCUCUGGAGAGCCUUAACUUUGAAGGGAAACGUGUUGGAGAUGGAAGAAAGAUACCAAACCCUUGUUACCAAACUUAAGGAAUGGCAGGAAGAUGGGAGAGACCUUGUUAAAGGAAAUGCAUGCUUGUUUGAUGACAUUGAUGUACCCAAGAACCUUGUGUUUGACAGGCUUACCAUGUGGACCGACACAGACUUUUUUGAGUUGACUGUUCAGAUUGUUGAGUUGAUCCUAGCCAGUUUUCUGAAGGUAUGUUCUAUGAUGCUUCCAGUCGAACCAGAGCUCCUGUCAAAGAAAAAUGAUCGAUUCAGGAAGGAUUUGGCAAUAUUAGAUCAAUUGCAAAAAGCUAAGUCAAAUGCAGUCAGUAUUGCCAUUGAAGGCAUGGACAUGUGCAAGAAGAAUCACACUUGGGAAUGGCUGUCCUUUUUGGAUGAACCAAAAAUAGUGUCAAUGAGGAAAACAUUCCAGACAGUGUAGGCAAAGGAAGAAGAAAAGCUCUCUGCCACACCUGCAGAAGAAUGGAAAUGGUAAAGGAAUAGACAUGAAAGACAGGAUAUGUAUUUUUUAAUUUAUCUAUUUACUAAUGAACCACAGUGCAGAACCUUUUAAUAGCAUGGCAUCUUUCAAAAAAUGCAUGGAAUGUGCUAUUUUUUUCUAGCACCUUAGCUUUUGUGUUCAGACUGGUGAAAGAUAAACAGCAAUGCAACCUCAGAUGAGUUCAGACAAGUAGAUACAAGUAUAAUAUAGUUACAUUAUAUACCUAUUUUGUGGUAUACUGUAUAGCCUAAAUAUGUUCAAACGUGGUGUCAGUAAAUGUUGAAUGUCGAAUAACGCUUAUCCAUUUGGUACCACAUGUGAAUGGUUCCACGUUCUUACCUGUUUUUAUAUUGUUUGAAAUCCAAUGUAGAGGUUUUUCAGGAAGUGUGCUGUCAGGAAAAGUGUAGAGGCAAUAGUUGAAUUUGCAGAUUCCCUUGGCCUUCUAUUCCCUUUUGAUGCCUGGUCAUGUUUAUGAAAAAAAGAACAUGAUCAUUUUGAAAUGAGACCAGUCGUUAUUUUAGUGUUAUUAGCUGAUUUCUGGACCAUUUUUCCCCCUCACUUUUUGUAUGACCAUUGAAUUGCCUACUUGAAUGGUCAACUUAAAUAGAAACAAGAUGGAGAGCAAGGCUCUGAAAGUUGUCAACUUUUCCACUGUCAAAAUGAGUCAUGCUUUGUUUUAAUUGUUUUUAAAUACAUUUUUAAAUCAUAUUUUCGUUAUCCAUUUUUGAGAGCCUGUUUUAUCUCUAUAUUUUUGUUGGAGAUCAAGAUGUUUUCAUUAGGACAAAUGCACACUGGACUGCAGUGCUUUUGUAUCUGCUGCAGCAUUCAACCUUCCACAUUACUGUAGACUUCAGGAAGAACAUGCUUUUAGAUAUAAACAUCAAAUAAUUAGCAUAAGAUCCUCUGCUUGAAACAAUUACGGGAUGUGAAGUCUGAUUCUGUUCUCAACUUGUUGACCUGCCCUGAGGAUGUUGAACACCACUGUUACACCUUCAGCCAUUUAUUUUUUUCCUGUCAGUCGAUGGGCUGACUGACCUCAAGGCGCAGAAGGUGUUUUAAGGUAUAGGAGGAGGUCUGGUCAUCUAGUCUGGUGCAGUGGGGUGUUCCAGGUCCGCAACACUUGAGGAGAAAACUUCUUAAUCAUGAUAAGGUCCUCUGCUUGCCAUACUAGAGGGACAUAGUCUGUUUCCAUCCUCAACUUGCGGACCUGCCCUGAGGAUGUUUUACACCACUGUUGCGCCUUCAGCCAUGUUGAUUUCCGACUGGUUGUCUUUGGACUACAUGCCAUGGGCUGACUGACCUGAACCUUUACCAGAACAGAAAUACAAUGUUCAUCAGACUUUCCUCACAUUGGACUACUCUCUGAUUAGUUAUGAGGUCACAGGAAAUGGACUCAUUACUCAUAAAUCAUUGCAGCUCACUUGACUGCUUCUGACUGUGGGUAGCAGAGCUCUCUGGUGUUUCACUAUUUGAAAUUAAACAACAAAAAUGUAAAUGACCAUUGUUUUACACUUCCGACAUAUCGCAGCAGUAAGAAAAGUAUUCUACCCGACUCAUAUAAACAACAUCCUUGAGUGUUUCGUUGAUGAAUGUAUCUUUAUAAGAUUGUAUUCCUUUUUUACCUGUAAAAAACCUGUAGACAUGCAUGAUCCUGUAAAUAUUUUCAAGGAACAUAAAUCUCACUACUUGGUAUUUUUAUAUGGGGAUUGUGAAAAAUAUAUUUGUAAUGUACUUUUGUAUGUUAAUUGUAAAUCAAAAUAGUUUUCAUUGGACUAGUCCAUAAGAUUUUAGUCAGGAUUUGUUUGUCUUCACCAACUGUUCUUAAUUAUGCAACCUUUUUUGUCCAAUUAUCUCCACGUAAUACAGCCAUCUUUUCCAUUCUUGGUUA